CAAGCUGAAGUUCAAGAGUUCUGAGAUAAGAAUGCUGACCCUGGCUGUUGUAUUAGAAUUAACCUGCUGUCACUGCUGGGCCUGCUCAGACCAAUCCCACUGGACUCUGUGGGUGCGGGGCGGGUUCUGUAUACCUGGCUCCUUCUUUCCUCUGUGUCUUCAACCCCAAGGACUUCCCAUGCACGAAGCUGGCAGAUCCUAGACCCCACAAGUCCCAACAUGGACUCGCUAGGCACCACUGGCUCCUGGCCUCCUGGAACCAGUACCUGAUGGCAACUUUGGAAAUGUCUGUUGGCAACUCUAGGCUGUGCAGGCCUGUGGGACAACAUGAGCUGCUGGCCUUCCUCUGCGCCGGGACAGACCGUGCGAGUGGAGUGCCCGAGGUUCCUGCGGAUGCUCACGAGGAGCAGGAAUGGUUCCCUGUUCCGAAACUGCACACAGGACGGCUGGUCUGAAACCUUCCCCAGGCCUGACCUGGCCUGUGGGGUUAACGUGAACGACUCUUCUAAUGAAAAGCGGCACGCAUUCCUGCUGAAGCUGAAAGUCAUGUACACCGUGGGCUACAGCUCCUCCCUCGUCAUGCUCCUGGUGGCCUUCAGUAUCCUGUGUGCUUUCCGGAGGCUGCACUGCACCCGCAACUACAUCCACAUGCACCUGUUCGUGUCCUUCAUCCUGCGUGCUCUGUCCAACUUCAUCAAAGACGCUGUGCUCUUCUCCUCGGACGAUGUCACCUACUGUGAUGCCCACACGGUGGGCUGUAAGCUGGUCAUGAUCUUCUUCCAGUACUGCAUCAUGGCAAAUUACGCCUGGCUGCUGGUGGAAGGCCUCUACCUUCACACGCUCCUCGUCAUCUCCUUCUUCUCAGAAAGGAAGUGCCUUCAGGGAUUCGUGGCCCUCGGAUGGGGUUCUCCGGCCAUUUUUGUGACUUCAUGGGCUAUCAGCAGGCACUUUCUGGAAGACGUGGGGUGCUGGGACAUCAACGCCAACGCUUCCAUUUGGUGGGUCAUUCGAGGGCCCGUGAUCCUCUCCAUUCUGAUCAACUUCAUCUUUUUCAUAAACAUUCUGAGAAUCCUGAUGAGAAAACUUAGAACCCAAGAAACAGGAAAUGAAAUAAACCAGUACAAGCGCCUGGCCAAGUCCACCCUCCUGCUGAUCCCCCUCUUUGGGGUCCACUACAUCGUCUUUGCCUUCUCCCCGGAAGAUGCCAUGGAGGUGCAGCUGUUUUUUGAAUUGGCCCUUGGCUCAUUCCAGGGGCUGGUGGUGGCUGUCCUGUACUGCUUCCUCAACGGGGAGGUGCAGCUGGAAGUUCAGAAGAAGUGGCGACAGUGGCACCUCCAGGAGUUCCCACUGCGCCCCACAGCCCUCAGCUCCUCCUUCAGCAAUGGCACAAGUGACCCCAUCCAUCGCACCAAGGCCAGCAGCAAAGCCAGCCCUGUAGGGAAGAGCCGGGGCACCUUCAGGGCCGGCGUCCUCUGAGAGGCUGCAGCAGGGCUGUCAUGGACAGAGGAUGAGGCAGGUGUGGAGAGGGCUGGAUACUGCUGCAGGACCUGGAGACAUCUCAAGCUCUGCACUGUAGCUGAGAACCUCGCCACACCACCCGAGGCCUGGGACUCAGGCCUGAGGGACUUGGAGCACCAUGGGCCAGGACCAAGGCCUGGGCCUUGGUCUGUGUUGCUGCUCUGGGAAGAGCAGCUCAAGAGCCCAAGAAGGGGCUGGGAAAUAAAUGGUCCCCAGGCAGAGA